GCCGUUCCCCGGUGCCGUGAGGGGAAGAUGGCCUCUCGGAGGAUCACCCGCGAGACGUUCGAGGCCGUGGUGCAGGACAAGGUGAAGCGGUACCGGAGCGGUGCCGCGGGGGACUCCAUCCAUCAUUUCCCAGCUCACUCCCGGCCGCUGCCCCGGCCCCGCUACAACGAGAGCUUCCACCACGACGGGCGCUUCCCUCACGCCAACUGCCAGCACCAGGACUGGAGUGAGGAGCCUGGGGAGGAUUAUCCUGGGGAGAACUACCCCGGGGAGGAUUAUCCUGGGGAGAACUACCCCGGGGAGGAUUAUCCUGGCGAGAACUACCCCGGGGAGGAUUAUCCUGGCGAGAACUACCCCGGGGAGGAUUAUCCUGGGGAGAACUACCCCGGGGAGAAUUACCCCGGCCCUUCCUACAGAGCUGGCAGCCCCCUGCUCCGCAAGGAGAAUUAUUUCCACGGACAGUUCUCCCGCCCUGCGCCCCGGGAGCGGGAAUUCGGCCGGGAUUACGGGAAGUUUGGCCGUGCAGCCGCCCCCAGCAGGGAAUACGGGCACCACGCUGCUCCCCAGGGCCGGGAGUACGGGCAGCAGCACCGGGAGUACGGCCAGCAGCGGGACAGGGACUACGGGCAGCAGCAGGAUUACGGUCCCUCGGAUUCCUGGGAAGCUGGCGGGCAGCAGGGAGCGGGGUUUGGCUCCUCGGAGGUUUUGGGGGAUUUCAGGUCUCCCGGGCUGAUGGAGGAGGAGUAUGGCGGCGCGGAGGAUCAGGAGUACGAGGCAGCGGACAGCGAGUUCCGGCCGCCGCUGCGCAGGGGAGGCGUGGGCAGGGGGAGAGUGCUGAGGGGAAAACGCCUCACCAGGGGCGUGGUGAAACCCAAGGUGUUCAAAGGAGACAUCAAAAGCCCCCUGAAGAAGUGGGGUGUGAAGAAACCACAGCCGGGCCCGGAUCCCAAAGCUCUGGAUCAGCCUCUGGAAGUCGCCGACCGCGCCGAGCAGAGGCCGGUGCCCCUCCAGCAGCACCCCAAGCUGCCCCCUCACCCCCUGGCAGCUCAGAGAGCCAUCCUGAGGCUGCCAAAGCCCGCCCACGUCUUCAGGAACCUCAACUUCGACCUGGUGGAUAAAUCUGACAUUUUCUCCACCUUCGGCGUCGAGAUCAUCAAGUGGGCCGGGUUCCACGCCAUCAAAAACGACGCCGAGUUCUCGCGGCUCUUCGGGGCCCUCUUCGAGCUGGAGACUGAGACCUGUGCCAAGAUGUUGGCCUCCUUCAAGUGCUCCCUGAGGCCAGAGCACAGAGAUUAUUGCUUUUUCACCAUCAAGAGCUUGCAGCACGCCGCCCUGAAAACCCCCAAGGUGGACAACGAGUUCUUGAACAUGCUGCUGGACAAGGGGGCCGUGAAAACCAAGAAUUGCUUCUUUGAGAUCAUCAAACCUUUUGAUAAAUACAUCAUGAGGCUCCAGGACCGGCUCCUCAAGGGGGUGACCCCGCUGCUGAUGGCCUGCAACGCCUACGAGCUGAGCCUCAAAACCAACGGCUUUGGCAACCCCAGGGAAAUGGCCAACGCCUUCGAGACCACCGUGUCCCUCUGCAGGAAAUCCUUGGCCCUCCUGGGCCAGACCUUUGCUCUGGCCUCUGUUUUCAGGCAGGAGAAGAUCCUGGAGGCCGUGGGGCUGCAGGAGAUGGCCCCAGCACCGACGUCCUUCCCAAAUUUCGAUGAUUCCACGCUCUUCGGGAGGGAGUACAUCGAGAACCUGAAGGCUUGGCUGGAGAAGAGUGGCUAUCCCAUCCAGAUGAAAAGAGCAGAGGCAGGAGGCACGGAGCAGCUCAAAGCAGCCUCCCCCGACCCCAAAGCCCCCCAACGAGCUGACAGGAAGGUUCUGGACACAAUUGAGCAGCUGGUGAGCAGCAUCGUGGCAGGAACUUUGUCUGCCAAGGACAGGAAUGCUCACAAGAACUCUCCUGAAUACUGGUUCCUGUGUGACGAGGAGAGCCUGGAGUACAAAUACUACAGGCUGAGGCUGUCCGAGGUGCAGAGGAGCAGCCUGGCAGGGGAGGCAGCAGCCCCAGAGUCCCUGCGGGCCAUGCUCUAUGCCAGGAGAGUUGCCAGCAUCAAAAGGAGACUUUUCAAGCAUAAAAAAAAACCUGUCCUUGUCCCUGGCCGUGCCAGGAGGGUGAGGAGGGCAAGCACGGGCACCCAGACCCUGCUGUCAGCUGGCACAGUGCUGAAACAGCCAGACAAAAAUCCUCCAGGUGCCAAGGCUGGCCUGGCACAGCCUGGCCUGGGUGCCACCUCCUCUGCCCCACAAGGUGCCACCUCCUCUGCCCCACAAGGUGCCACCUCCUCUGCCCCACAAGGUGCCACCCCCUCAGCACCUCAAGAUGCCACCUGUGCCCCACAAGGUGCCAGCUGUGCCCCUCAAGGUGCCAGCUGUGCUCCUCAAGGUGCCACCACCUCUGCCCUCCAAGGUGCCACCUCCUCAGCCCCACAAGGUGUCACCACCUCAGUCCCCCAGGGUGCCACCUGUGCCCCCCAAGGUGCCACCUGCACCCCCCAAGAUGCCACCUGUGCCCCCCAAGGUGCCACCUCCUCAGCCCUCCAAGGUGCCACCACCUCUGCCCUCCAAGGGGCCACCUCCUCAGCCCCAGAAGGUGCCAGCUGUGCCCCCCAGGGUGCCAGCUGUGCCCCCCAGGGUGCCAGCUGUGCCCCCCAAGGUGCCAGCUGCUGCCAGGUGCCCGGGGCAGCAGAGGGAGAAGCAGAUCCUGAGUUUUUGGCAGCGGCUCCUGAGCUUCUCCCAGGCCUGGGCUCGCAGUUUGCUGAUGUGGAUGCCAAAACCAUGGAAACUGCAGAGAAACUGGCCAGGUUUGUGGCUCAGGUAGGACCAGAAAUUGAGCAGUUCAGCAUUGACAACAGUGCAGAUAACCCCGACCUCUGGUUCCUCCAGGACCAAACCAGCCCUGCCUUCAAAUUCUACCGCAUGAAAGUCUUGGAGCUGUGCCCCUCCAUCACCUUCAGCCCCGAGGCUGCAGAAGCUGCCAGAGCUGCAGGGACAACCCUGGACAUGGAGGAGGACGAGGAGGAAGAGGAGGAAGAAGAAGAAGAAGAGGAAGAAGAAGAAGAAGCUGAGUUUGAACCCUCCCAACCUGAUGAGGAGGAUGAGGAGGAUGAGGAGGACGUGGCAGCAGGUAGAAGGGUGACAAAGCUAGAGGAAGAUUUGGUGUCCAGAGCAGGAGAGGAGAUGUCAGGAGGUGAAGUGCAGCUCUCCAGCCCCUCUGACGGCGCUGUCCCAAAUCUGUCGACACAGGCACCCGGCCCGGGCCCCGGCGCGCGCUUCCCCCGCAAACGGGUCAGCUCCAAGUCCCUGAGGGUGGGCCUGAUCCCGGCCCCCAAAAGGAUCUGCCUCAUCCAGGAGCCCAAAGGUGGGUUCCUCCAGGACCAAACCAGCCCUGCCUUCAAAUUCUACCGCAUGAAAGUCUUGGAGCUGUGCCCCUCCAUCACCUUCAGCCCCGAGGCUGCAGAAGCUGCCAGAGCUGCAGGGACAACCCUGGACAUGGAGGAGGACGAGGAGGAAGAGGAGGAAGAAGAAGAAGAAGAGGAAGAAGAAGAAGAAGCUGAGUUUGAACCCUCCCAACCUGAUGAGGAGGAUGAGGAGGAUGAGGAGGACGUGGCAGCAGGUAGAAGGGUGACAAAGCUAGAGGAAGAUUUGGUGUCCAGAGCAGGAGAGGAGAUGUCAGGAGGUGAAGUGCAGCUCUCCAGCCCCUCUGACGGCGCUGUCCCAAAUCUGUCGACACAGGCACCCGGCCCGGGCCCCGGCGCGCGCUUCCCCCGCAAACGGGUCAGCUCCAAGUCCCUGAGGGUGGGCCUGAUCCCGGCCCCCAAAAGGAUCUGCCUCAUCCAGGAGCCAAAAGUGCAUGAACCUGUCAGGAUUGCUUAUGACAGACCCCGGGGCUGCCCUGUCACAAAGAAAAAAAAGGUAAAAAAUUCACAUUUCUGCCACAAAAUCCAACCAAAUAUGAGAAAUGGAGCCCAAAGGGGUGCAACCUCUGCUGGGGAGGGUUUGGGAGUGGCAGGGGAAGAAAACCAAGAAGAUGCUUUUGACAUUUUCCGCCAGAGGAUGAUCCAGAUGUACCGACAGAAAAGGGCAAACAAAUAGCUCCAGGCUCUCUUCCAUGAAGACCCCAGGGCCCCUCCCCUCCCUCCCGCACUCUCUCUGCUGGAUUUGGUCGGAUUUCCCUGGAACUCAUCCCAAACUCUGGAUUUUC